ACAAGAAGCACACUUCAUGCCACUCGGAGAGAGGUCAUUAAUUAGAAGUUUGUGCAAAAAUGGCAGAAGAGGUGAAGCUGAUUGGGCUUUCUAUGAGUAUGUUUGUGAUUAGAGUUAAGAUAUCUUUGAAUCUCAAGGGAGUGAAGUAUGAGAACUUGGAAGAGACCUUUGGGAGCAAGAGUGAGCUGCUUCUCAAGUCCAACCCAAUAUACAAAAAGGUCCCUGUUCUCAUACACAAUGGCAAAACAAUCUGUGAAUCUAUGAUCAUUGUUCAAUACGUUGAUGAUGUCUGGUCUGAUGCUGGACCUUCAAUUGUUCCCUCUGAUCCCUUUGAUGCAGCCAUGGCCAGGUUCUGGUCUUACUAUAUUGAUGACAAGUGGUUUCCUGCUUAUGGAGAAGUAAUAAAAGGACAGACAAGAGAAGCUAAGAUAGAAGCAGCAAAGGAGGCCAUUGCAACGUUGCAGCCAUUGGAGGAGGUUUUUCAGCAACAGAGCAAAGGGAAGGACUUCUUUGGGGGUGAUACCAUUGGGUAUUUAGACAUUGCUUUGGGUUGUUACUUAGGUUGGAUUAAAGCUGCUGAGAAAUUGACUGGUCUUGAGUUUUUUGACAAGAAUGAGACGCCUCUGUUGGCUGCAUGGGCAGAGUGUUUCUACUCGAAUGAUGCUGUCAAAUGUGCCGUGCCAGAUGUUGAUGAAUUUGUGGAGUUUUUCCAUUAAGAUUCAAGCUAAACU